AUGUCUUCAAAUUAUAAUGACCCUUAUAACUCUUACAUAAAUCUUUCGAAUCCAGUCAAUUUACCGGAUAUGUCUCAAGAAGAACUUGAUGCUCAUUUAGAGGAGUUCUGGUCCAAUGCGCAGUUCACUUUUGAAGUUCAACCUAAUAUGAAUUUGAUGGAAGAUGCCUUUGAAGUUUCGCCGAGUGUAGACGCCAAAAUGGAACAAGAUGUACUAGUAGCUGCACAACCCACUAUGUUAACUCAACAAGAUACUUUGUCCCUUUCUAAUACGCCUCAAACGCAACCAACGAUAUAUCACCCUAUGCUUUCUUAUCCUGCUGCCAAUUCAAUCAUGACUACACAUUUACAACCUAUUUCUGUCGCACCGGCUGUCACUACAGCUGUUACUACAGCAUCAAAUACUACAACUUUUCCUCCGAUAUACCCAGCUCCUCCUGUAGCGGUUUCUAACAAUGUAACUAAGGAAGAAGCUGCUACAUCAACAGGUUCUACUCAAAAGAAUACUACCGGAAUUGCAAACCCACCGUCUCGUAAGAAUUCAUCAACAAGAGGAUCGAAAACAGAUUCCACCUUAAUGCAUACUGAUUCUCAAACAUCUCAAGAUUCUGAAUUAGCUGCUAAAAUAGCAGCUGAAGAAGACAAACGAAGACGUAAUACAGCAGCAUCUGCCAGAUUUCGUGUAAAGAAAAAAAUACGUGAACAAGCACUUGAAAGGACUGUGAAAGAAAUGACCUCAAAGGCCGAAACACUUGAGGGUCGGGUGAAAGAGCUCGAGAUGGAAAUCAAAUGGUUGAGAGGUUUGAUUGUAGAAAAGGAUGCUAGAUUGUUGGAUAUUGAACGUCCUGAUAGAAAACAUAAGAGCUCAACUGAAAGCAAGGGCACAGAAACGGCCUUAAAGGCAGAAUCCAACGAUCAGUCAAACCAAAAAGAUUAA